CGCAUCCACUAGUGCCAGACAACUCUCACUCCCAAUCACCGCGCAUCUGGCGCCCUUAAAACCAUAUUGUGCGCAUCCAGAUAGACUGAUUGCCCACUAUGGAGACCAUUAAAGGUCUCCUGUGGAAGCCCACGCCCGAAGAGCAGAAGCGCAAAUGCAAUGCCCUCGUGCGCCAGAAUGUCCGAAAGCUCGAUCGCGAUAUCCAACAGCUCAAGGCUACGGAGCAAAAAACCAAAAACCUCAUCCAACAGUCGUCCAAACGCGCCCAGCGCAACCCAGCCAUGGCCAAGCAGGCCAACCAAGACGUCCGCAUCUUCGCCCGUGAACUGAUUCGCGUCCGGAAACAAAACAACCGUCUAAUGACAUCCAAGGCGCAGCUCAAUAGCGUGCAAAUGCAGGUCAACGAGGCCUUCUCUGUUAGGAAGAUUGAAGGCAGCAUCAAGGCCAGCACGGGCAUCAUGAAGGAUGUGAACAGUCUAGUCAGACUUCCAGAGCUGACAGGUACCAUGAGGGAGCUCAGCUCUGAGUUGAUGAAGGCGGGAAUCAUCGAGGAGAUGCUCGAUGACACGCUGGGCGAGAAUGAGAUGCUGGAAGGGGAAGCCGACGAAGCGGAAGAGGAAGUAGACAAGGUGCUGAGCGAGGUGCUCAAGGAUCGGUUACCGCCAAGCAAAGCUCAAGAGGAGGAGCUUCCUGCUGCACCGCAACCGGAGGAGGAAGAGGAGGAAGACCAGGCAGAGAUGCUGGCUCAAAUGCGGGGCCGACUCGAAGCUCUCAAGAGCUGAGUCAACCCAUGCCGAUUGCUUUUGAUCUUUUCUUCCAUAGAGUCAUGAUGUGGUGUUACGGCGUUAUGGCGCGUUGUGAGCACCCACAAUGGUAUACGAUUUGCAUGUUCAAAAUUACGGUUUUGCCAAUGUGAUUGCAAGAACACUAUUCAUCCAUUUACUCA